GUGGUGUCUGAUUUAAGACUGUCUAGUGAUGAUUUAGCAGACGCCCAAAUAAAGGGUGUCAAAGUAUGUGACAUUUUGUCUGACAAACUGGCAUCCCAUAAUGCACCUAAAGUCGCGAAGGAGAACAAACAAGACGACAAACAAUAUGAGACAGUGGAGACAGCCUUGAAAACAGCCGAGACAGAAGACACGGCUGUAAAAACAUACGAAACACAGGAGACAGGGGUAAAAACUUAUCAGGACGUCGGAAGCAUAACAGAUGUUUGUAAUAGUUCUGAUCCUGAUGAAGUUGAGAUCCUUAGUUUGAUCGAGGAGCAGAUACCUAAAUAUCGUCUACGUGCUGACACCAUCACAGAUUUUGCUGGUUAUACUAACGAGGAUUUUAUUAUACAUACACCAGUUACUCCCCUUGAUGAGAAUCUCGAAUUAAACGACGAACAAAUCAACGAAACGCUCAAAUAUUUUGUUCUAUGUGCGGACAGGGUAACCCAGAUGACAAAAACGUACAAUGAUAUUGAGGCAGUAACACGUUUGUUAGAAGAGAAAGAGCGUGACUUGGAACUUGCUGCUAGAAUCGGAACAACUUUAUUAGAUAAAAAUCGAGACCUUGAAUCAAGAACCGAAAAUUUAGAAGAACAGUUAACAUCAGCCAAUGAAAAGGUCAGUCAACUUCGUCAUGAUGUGUCCAUGAAAGAUGAAUUAUUACGUGUCUACUGUCAGGAUUUCGAGAAUGAUGGAAUUGAGGCGCCACAAGCUAGUCCCCAAGAAGGAGGUUUCUCCCUUAGUGUGGUUAAAGUCGAGGGACUACAUAAAAAGGUUAAAUCGUUGGAAGAUGAAAAUCUAUCAUUACGACUUGAGACGGCACAACUUAAAUCAGACACUUGUGAUAUGGAAGAAAAAGAGAAAAAACUAGUUGAAGAUUGUCUACAGCAGCUGUCGGAGGUGAAUCAACAAGUGGAAACGUUUGCGGAAGAAUUAAGUAAAAAAUCUGAUGAUAAUAUUCGGCAGAAGGAAGAAAUAACAACCUUAUUAUCACAAGUUGUAGAUCUUCAAAAACGAGUUAGAAGUCUAACGAUAGAGAAUAUGGAAUUAUCUAAACAUCUCCAGGCUUCCCAAGAAUCUCAGAGAAAAUUAACCAAAGAGCUGGGCAUGAUGCAAGAUAGAUACGAUGAACUGUUUGAAUUGUUAGAAGAAGCGAAUGAUGAGCUCAAGGUCCUCCGCCGUAAACAACGACCAUCAGGAGCUGCUCCCUACAUAUCUAGUACCUUAUUCAAUGUACCUUCUGAUUCGCUGGCCUCCGAGCUAGAAUUUUCGAUGAAGGGUGAAGGUGAACUCGGUACUUUAUCUCCAGAAGAAAGAAGAGCCCACAACUGGAAGAUAUUUGAAACAGCAAAGGCAGCUAAGAAAGCCUGUAAAAAGAACCAACAGUUGUUGAAGAUGUCAAGUGCAGCAUUAACAAGAGAUGGUACAGAUGGUAGAGGUGUUUCAGGACCUAGUUCCAUGUGUUUAUCAGAUGUUGAAUCAGGAGCAACAAGUGAUGGUUAUGGAGGUGAUAUGGACAGUCAGUAUAGUUCUGGAUCUGACCUUGGCCGACCUGGUAUACCUGGUUCUAACGAUCUUGAGACAGCCUUGAAACACCUGGCGAUGAGAACAGCCAAUGAACUGAAUGAGAAAGAUUAUUAUGAAGAGCAGAAGAAGAAAGAAAUGCAGCAGAAGUCAGGGAACUCAACACCCGGCAACAUGUCAGCAGGAAGUAGUUUCUCCUACCUUUCGUUUCCAGGAAGUCAAAAUACACCAUACUUCAAAAUCCCGGAGAAAUUACAAAUAGUUAAACCUUUAGAAGGAUCUGCGACACUUGGUAAAUGGCAACAGUUAGCCACACCCCAUAUUGGUGGUAUAUUUGAGAACCGACCUGGAGUUCAGAUUAAAGGUGAACGUAAAUUAGAUAUAGAUGAAGAACCGUAUACACUCAGUGAUUUCGAGGAGGAUGAUGAUUUUAGUGAUUGUCCAACCAAUAGACGAUUAGAUGAUAGUAGUUCCUCUGUUUAUACCUAUACCAAUUCUACAGUUAAACAUCCCUAUCAAUUAGAUGUUGCCAGCAAUAUGCAAGCUGACACGUCAUUGGUUGAUUUUGCACGCCAUAUUUCCACAGGUAUCAACACUUCAGUUGUAAUGACUCCCAUGCAGUCAUCGACGCCAGCCAAAGGAAGUGGUGCCAAAACAACAUCAUCCGGUUCCACAAACUAUAGCAUGAGCUUAGGAUUAGCAGCCAUAUUGAAUAGUCGUGAAACAGCAGGGUUAGACAGUGGUGUCAGUUUUAGGAGCAGUCCAAGUACGAAAAUGUUUAAACUUCCUUUAGCUAAGUCAAACACUGAAACUGUGUCAAAAUCGUCUCCGGAAAAGGUCACGACCUUCGCAUCGCCAGAUUCUGAGGCGUCAGGCGGAAAUAUUUUUAAUAAACUGAAAAGCACUGGAGCCACUUUAUACGAAUACAUGAGUGGAGCUAAAAUUGAAUCCAGUUCUCCGACAUCACCCAAAUCGUCAUCUGAGGUCACACCAACAGAACCCAAUGUUAAGGUCCUAACAAAAUCGGAAACAAAAACAGGAGAGUCAGGAGUCUCAGGCAAAUUGCUUCAACAAGGUGGAACGGGUGUGUUAGGAGCUUUAACAUCGUUUAGACGUAGUGGUAUUUUAUAAAAAUAUCAGACCCGUUUAUCUACAUAUACAUAUAUCCAAUUGUCUUUCAGUUGCCAUAGUUUCGCAAUUUGUAUAUAGAAAAAAAUGGUUUUAAUGUGAAAAAAUGUAAUUUUAAUGAACUUAUGCAAAUCUGAUCUGAUUAAUUGCAUAAUAAUAUAAUUGAAUAGUGCAGUGUGUGUGGUUGUUUUGUGUGAUAUCUAUUUAUAUAAAUUGGGUGCCAGUUUGGCUGCUUUAAUAUUGUAGCUGGUCCAAAUCACAAUAUGAUAUUAUCCAGAUGAAUAUUACUGUGUGAUAGUUCAAAUUGUGUGUGUGGAUCGCUUGCUUCAACUUGUAUCAGUUUCAGACUGUGUGACAUUAUCUUCUGAUGUUUAGAAUUAUAUCAGGACACUGAAUUUUGUCAAAUUUGGUUAAAAAGAAGAAAAAUUAUGUAUUGAAUUUAAAUUUCUCUUGUUCAGAAAUUGAUUCAACAAGCUUUAAUAAAUUGCUUUAUGCCAUGGCAUGACAAGUUAGGAUUGUGAGAAGAAUUGAGUUGUUUCCCUUGACAAAACAUAGUCACUUAAAUAGCUUUUAUCUUCCUACUAGUCGAAACUGAUUGACGUAGAAAUAGAAAUGAUCAAGCUUUAAUAUUUGCAGAAGAGAAUCAAACUUGAAUUAUAAUAUCUCGACUGAAGUAAAAUUGGUAUGAUAUUUAUUGUUUUAAAUAAAGUAAGAGCUCAUUGUGAAUUAAUCCAUCUAUUAAACCUUGUAAUAAUAAAAGCAGAGUUUUUUUUAAGAGGUUUCAGAUUUGUUGUUGUAAGAACAGUUGGAAGAACACUUAAUGAUAAACCUGUGUGCAACUCCUUGAAACUCCUUGAAAAUUCUGGAAAAAUGAAAAUAUGAUUUCCAAUACUGGAAAAACAAGACUACUCCUUAAAACUCCUGGAAAAUUAACAUUUGUGCUUUCGCUAUAUAUUUUAAGAUAUAAAACUGAACGUAGCCAUCCAAUGUUUCUUCAAAAGUUCACGAGUUCCUUUCCAUAAAUGGACUCGUCUUUGGUAGAAUUCUAUACAAGGACUCCUGGAAUUUGGUAAAUAAUUCCAGGAAAACUCCUGGAAUUUUAAGUGUUCUGGGUUGUGCACACCCCAUGAAAAGGUUAUCACUUUAUUAGAGUUAAAUUAGGUUACUGAUUAUAGGUCAUAUCAAUAGUAAUUUUGUCAGAGAUAUUAAAGGGGCAUUAUGAUUAAAUUCAGGUCUUUGUAAAUUAUGAAGAGUUUGUAUAUUUUUGUAGAUAUGAUUAAUAAGUUAAUAACAUAUGUAUAUUGAAUUGCUGCUAGGCACUAGUUUUACUUUAGCAUUGUAUAUAGAUAAUAUAGACAGCAAUUAAUAUCUACAUGUAUGUAUAUAUAGUUCCUUUGUAACCAUGGUGAUACAAGAAUUUGAUUAGACUCCAGGGAUAUAAUUGUUUUUAAUGUAUUUAUUUAAUUUAAACCAAAACUUGAGCAUUAUGUGCAAGCCCCCUUUAUCACUCUUUAGUUUCAAUUAAAAAUUUAAACAAUAUUUUGACAAUAAACAUUUAAACUAUAUUUUUUUUGGAUUUAAAAUAUAGGUAGGCCUCGAGAAAGUUGUUUGAAAAAAGUAUGAAUUUGUUCAAAAAUCUUGUUCCAAACAGUGACAGUUUAAAUUUUUUAAAGAAGAAAAUCUGAAUUGUUUGUAAGGUCUUAAUGAGGCUGGUUUGAAACAUGGAUAGAACUAUUUUUAUUAUUGAACUUUGAUAGAACUUGGCAAGUACAUAUAACGGUACUGGUAAACCCAGGGCUUUAGUCACAGAAUUUAAACUUAAAUAUUUGAAGAAUUCUGCCUUUUCUUUGGGCAAAAUCUGAAAAGAAUUGUCUGCAUCAUUAAAAUAUAUUUUACUGACCUCAUAACCUGUGUACAUAAUACAAUGUAUUAUAUAUAUUCCUACCUUCGAUCUUAUAUAAACUUUCUUAUAUAAACAUCUUUAUUUUAUGUCUUGUAUUUAAAAAAUCUACAUUUUAUUUCAAUUCUGAAAAGUGCUUAUUUUAAUUUAUAUGUUAAAUGUGUGUGUGUUAGAUAAUUAUAAAUGAUAGUUUGUUUUCUGCGAAAACACUGAUUUUAGAUUUUGUUAUAAAGGACUUAUUUAUCUUUAGCAGCGUUUCCUCCCAGUGACAUGUUAUACUUAUCAUAAACUUCAUCUGUCGAUUUGGUGAUAAGAAUUUGAAUUUCAUAACUUUGAAGAAAUUAUCUCUGAAUUUAUCAAAGUUACUCCCCAGAAAUUCUUAUCUAUCUUAAAGAUUCUUAGAACUGAUAAAAAAAAAACUAUUAACCCUUUAAUGGCUGCAUCUUCCUCUUUACAUUACUGAUUGAAACUUAAAGAGCAAUGUUUUAGGAUUAAUGGGUUAAUAACAAUUUUAUAAAUUCUAAAACUUUUUCAAAGGGAUUAUAAUUUUCCAUGAGAUCUUUGAUGGUGCACAUUAAGGAAAUAUAAUUAUCUUCGCUAUUGAAUAAAAUAUUUUAGGUUAAGAUUUAGUUUUGUAUCAUGUUAAUAUAGACGUUUUUCUUAAAAAUAUAUAAAAUUAUAGACAAUUUGCUGAAUUCCAUUCCAUACAGAUUAUUGAGUUUACUUUUUUAAGAAAUGAAACGAAAAAAUACAGGAGAGAUUUAUUGUUUGUAUUUUUAGAGUAGAAAUGACAACAGACAUUUUUAUUAUUAUUUUAUAUUUUACAUUUGACAAGAAUGAAAAAUAGAAUAAAUAAUUAAAUAAAAUUAUU